AUGGAAGCCCAACAAACCUCUAGUCCUGCUUCUGUCAGGGUCGCUUUUGAAGGCUGUGGACAUGGCUGCCUCAACGACAUAUACGCAUCAGUUGAGAACGCCGCCACCUUGAAAGGAUGGGAUGGCGUUGACGUGGUCAUCAUAGGUGGCGAUUUCCAGGCCGUCCGCAAUGCCAACGAUCUUGCCUGCAUGUCUGUACCUCAGAAGUACAGAGAGUUGGGCGAUUUUCACGAAUACUACAGUGGAAAACGCACCGCACCCUAUCUGACUAUUUUCAUCGGAGGUAACCAUGAGGCUGGCAAUCAUCUCUUCGAACUUUACUACGGAGGGUGGGUUGCCCCGAAUAUUUACUACUUGGGUGCAGCGAACGUUCUUCGGUUCGGCCCCCUCCGCAUCGCUGGCAUGUCUGGUAUCUGGAAGGGCUAUGACUACAGAAAGCCGCAUUCGGAGAGAUUGCCUUACAAUCGAGACGAUGUUUCAGGCAUCUACCACGUGAGAGAGCUUGAUGUUCGGAAGCUACUUCAGGUUCGUACCCAGGUUGACCUGGGCUUAUCUCACGAUUGGCCUAAGCAGGUUGAACUCUGCGGAGAUUCCGAGUAUCUCUUCAACACAAAGAGAGGCUUCCGUGAAGACUCUCAAAGUGGUAAACUGGGCAACCCUGCGGCCAAGUACGUCCUUGACCGUCUACGUCCGGCCCAUUGGUUCUCCGCCCAUUUGCAUGUGAAGUUUGCCGCCAUAGUCGCUCAUGGAGAUUAUGUCACCCCUGAACAUCCGGCUGCUAAAAGGAAAGCUGAAGCUCCUCUACCCGAUCCUCUUCCCGCCCCGGGUGCUCCGCACCAUUUCGGCUUGGACGGUGCUCUCCUCACGGCCCUUGCGCUUCCCGAUGAUAAUCCCGAGGCCGAGCGUACUCUCCCAGCUCGACCUGCCGCGGAUCAGGAGCCUGCAGACAACCACGAGAGUGCGGAAACAGCAAGCCAACCCUCGGCUGUCGACAAAGUAGACGAAGCCCGAUCUGAGAAGGACAUCCCCAACGAACCCAGUGAUGACAAGAGUAAGAUUUCAGCAUGGAAUAAUUUCCACACCGUGGCUGCUGAAGCUGAGGCGGCUGAGAACUCUCGAUUUCUGGCAGAUCAAUCCCUUCAGUAUGCAGCUCUAAAACCGAGCGUUUCGCACGAUCUGACAUGGAAAAGAAUCGAGACGGGCGAGGACGGAUCCGGUCGUGUCUACACCGGCAUCGAACGCGAUAGCGCCAAUAAGAAAUUGAAGACCGAACACAAACCCGAUGUCGUGAAGAACUCCGACGAGAUCGACCUCGACCUGGACAGUGACUCCGAUGCGGAAACGACUCCUCACAAAAUCUCUACUCCCGUGACCGGACAGACCGACGAGCCCUCUUCUAAUAAGGCAGUCCCCAGCGAUGACUCAAAGACUACUACGCAGGCUGACCCGGUUUCGUCGGCUAGUGGAACUGACAUUCCUGAAGAUAUUCGCAAUCAACUUCCUGCCAGCUUCGCCCGCCCUAAGCCCGAACCUUACCCGUUGAACGGACCGUUGCCUGAUGCUAUCUUAAACAAGACCACUAACUUCCUGGCACUUGACAAAUGUCUUCCUCAGCGCCACUUCCUACAGCUGCUUGAGAUCGAAGCUAUCUCCGAUCAAGAAGGCAUCAGUGCCGAACGCCCUUAUCGCUUGCAGUACGACAAAGAAUGGCUAGCAAUUACCCGUGUCUUCGCUGACGACCUUCAACUCGGAGACCCCGCCGCGAAGCCUCCGGCUGACAAGGGCGAUCAGGUAUAUAAGCCGCUGAUCGAGGAGGAGGAGAAAUGGGUGGAUGAGCACGUGGUGCAGACUGGAAAGCUGGAUGUCCCCGAGAAUUUCACCCUAACCGCCCCAGUCUACGAUCCAACUGUCCCGCUUAACACGGAGGAACAACCCAUCGAGUACACUAACCCGCAAACCGCGCAGUUCUGCGAGCUGAUAGGGAUCGAGAACAAGUUUCAUAUGAGUGACGAGGAACGCCAAGCUCGCAUGGCCGCAGGCCCUCGGCCCAGUGAGUUUAGACCACGCGAUCGAGGCCCACGUCGUGGGGGCUUUGGUCGGGGCCGCGGCGGGGGUGGUGGCGGCGGCAGAUAUCGUGGCGGCGGCGGCCGGGGAGGCGGAGGUGGGCGUGGGCGUGGUGGUGGUGGCCGCGGAUUUCAGUACUGA